UUGGGCUCGAUUUGAGGCAGCCUGCAUGCUGGCUUGCAGUCUUCAAAAAGAAGGCGCUGUUGUCUCCCUCCUGGGGGAAGGAUGAGGACUCCAGAGCCAAAAUAGCAGGGAGGACCUUCCCGGGAGACCUGCGGCCCCUACUCAGCUUGCAGGUGGCCUCAGGGAGCCUCAGUGGCGACCUCUCCAGGUCGGGCCGGGGAAGGCAGUCGAGGCGAACGCGGACUCCGCCGUCGCUCUCCGCGGGCCCCCGCGCACCCCCGGGGCAGCCGGGCAGGGUAAUGCCUGCGGUGAUGGAGAAGCCGAGUGCGGGCUCCGGGAUCCUGUCCCGCAGCCGGGCCAAGACGGCGCCCAACGGCGGCCAGCCGCCCUCUGAGGAUGACAGCAGUGAGGAGGAGCACUCGCACGACAGCAUGAUCCGCGUUGGAACCAAUUACCAGGCCGUAAUUCCAGAGUGCAAGCCUGAGAGCCCAGCGCGCUACAGUAACAAGGAGCUGAAGGGGAUGCUGGUGUGGUCACCCAACCACUGUGUGUCAGACGCCAAGCUUGAUAAGUACAUUGCAAUGGCCAAGGAGAAGCACGGCUACAACAUUGAGCAGGCACUGGGCAUGCUUCUCUGGCAUAAGCACGAUGUGGAGAAAUCCCUGGCUGACCUGGCCAACUUCACCCCUUUCCCUGACGAGUGGACUGUGGAGGACAAGGUGUUGUUUGAGCAGGCCUUUGGCUUCCACGGCAAGUGCUUCCAGCGGAUCCAGCAGAUGCUGCCAGACAAGCUGAUUCCCAGCCUGGUAAAGUAUUACUACUCCUGGAAGAAGACCCGCAGCCGGACCAGUGUGAUGGACAGGCAGGCACGGCGCCUAGGUGGCCGCAAGGACAAGGAGGACAGCAGCGAUGAGCUUGAAGAGGGGCGAGGAGCCGUGAGUGAGGGAGAGCCAGAUGCCGGAGACCCCAAGAGAGAGCCUCUGCCCUCUCGGCCCCUGAAUGCACGCCCAGGCCCAGGGAAGAAAGAGGUCCAGGUGUCUCAGUAUCGCCACCACCCCCUGAGAACUCGGCGACGUCCACCCAAGGGCAUGUACCUGAGCCCUGAGGGUCUCACUGCGGUGUCAGGAAGCCCGGAUCUUGCCAACCUCACUCUCCGUGGUCUUGACUCCCAGCUCAUCUCUCUUAAGCGCCAGGUGCAGAGCAUGAAGCAGACCAACAGCAGCCUCCGGCAAGCCCUGGAGGGCGGCAUAGACCCACUGCGCCCCCCUGAGGCCAACACCAAGUUCAACUCCCGCUGGACCACAGAUGAGCAGCUUUUGGCUGUGCAAGCCAUCCGUAGAUAUGGCAAAGACUUUGGGGCUAUUGCAGAGGUGAUUGGGAAUAAGACUCUGACCCAGGUGAAGACAUUCUUCGUGAGCUACCGGCGUCGCUUCAACCUGGAGGAGGUGCUGCAGGAAUGGGAGGCUGAGCAGGAUGGGGCCCCUGGAGCCCCAGUCCCCAUGGAGGAGACUAGGAGAGGGGCUCCCUUGCCAGCCCCAGCUCUAGAGGAAGAUGAUGAGGUCCAGAUCACCUCUGUCUCAACCUCCGUGCCUCGACUGGUGCCUCCUGCACCCCCACCCCCUCCGCUGCCCACCUCGCUGUCUCAGCCGCCCCCACUGCUGAGGCCACCUCUGCCCACAGCGCCCACCCUGCUUCGCCAGCCACCCCCACUGCAGCAGGGUCGCUUCCUGCAGCCACGGCUGGCCCCCAACCAGCCCCCGCCACCUCUCAUCCGCCCAGCCCUGGCUGCCUCCCGCCACAGUGCUCGGCCAGGCCCUCAGCCCCCACCCACCCUGAUUGGAGCCUCCCUGGAGCCUCCUGCCCCCUCACUCUGAGCCCUGAGCUCCUGCACCACCCAAAAGCUGCGGAGCCUCUGCUAGACACCCUGGGGUGCCUCCUAGUCCUGAGGACAGAAGCCACAAGGGCUCACAACAGGUCUUUUAACAGACCCAGAGCUUUUGGUCAGCACAGCCCGGUCUGGGGGCACCGCAGGGGCCUCGGUCAAGGGCUGUGGAUUCCUGGCGGGAAUGGCUGCCUUCCUGUCUGCGCGGGCUUGGCCUUUGGGCUCGCCCUGUGUAUGUAGGAGGUAGUGACCUUAGUGUGGGGCUGGGAGGAUGACUCUCUGCUGUCCUUGGUCCCCUUCCCCUCCUUUUAGCAAUAAGCCUGGGUGAAGAGGGAGGGCUGGGGGAGGUGGCAGGAAGUCUGUCCUCAAGGCCAGGUGCCUGCUGGGGACCUGAGGCUGCCCACCUGCCUCCCUCCCCAGGCUGCAAGGAAAGGGGGCAGGGGACUUAUAAAAACGUGGGUCUAUUUUUCAAUGUUUUUAAAAAAUAAACAAAUGCAACCUCC